UGUGAGGGGCGGGCUUUCUGUGGUUCGGCCGGCUGGCAGCUAUGGCGGCCGUGCGCGGCCUGCGAGUGUCCGUGAAGGCGGAGGCCCCGGCUGGGGCGGCUUUGGGGCUUCUGUCGUCCGAAGUGGAGUCUGGCUUGGAGCGCGGCGAGCCGGAGCCCAUGGAGGUGGAGGAGGGCGAGCUGGAAAUCGUGCCGGUGCGGCGCUCGCUAAAGGAACUGCUCCCGGACACAAGCAGAAGAUAUGAAAACAAGGCUGGCAGCUUCAUCACUGGAAUCGAUGUUACCUCCAAGGAAGCAAUUGAAAAGAAAGAACAGCGAGCCAAGCGCUUCCACUUUCGAGCAGAAGUAAAUCUUGCCCAGAGAAAUGUAUCCUUGGACAGAGACAUGAUGAAGAAAGCAAUCCCCAAGGUGAGACUGGAGACAAUCUACAUUUGUGGAGUAGAUGAGAUGAGUACCCAGGAUAUCUUCUCCUAUUUUAAGGAAUAUCCUCCAGCUCACAUUGAGUGGUUGGAUGACACCUCCUGUAAUGUGGUUUGGCUGGAUGAGAUGACAGCCACACGAGCUCUCAUCAAUAUGAGCUCUCUGCCAGCCCAGGAUAAGAUAAGAAGCAGAGAUAGCAGUGAAGACAAAUCAUCUGAGAAAAACAAGAAAGAUAAGCUGGAAGACAGUUCAGAUGACGACGAGACUGAAGAAGGAGAAGUUGAAGAUGAGAAUUCAAGUGAUGUAGAGUUGGAUACGUUGUCUCAGGUAGAAGAAGAGUCUCUGUUAAGAAAUGAUCUUCGUCCAGCUAACAAACUUGCUAAAGGAAAUAGACUAUACAUGAGAUUUGCUACAAAAGAUGACAAAAAGGAACUUGGAGCAGCCAGAAGAAGUCAGUAUUACAUGAAAUAUGGAAAUCCAAAUUAUGGAGGCAUGAAAGGAAUUCUUAGUAAUUCAUGGAAGCGAAGAUAUCAUUCCCGUCGCAUUCAGCGGGAUGUGAUCAAGAAGAGAGCCCUGAUUGGGGAUGACGUUGGCUUGACGUCGUAUAAACACCGACAUUCCGGGUUAGUGAAUGUCCCUGAGGAACCUAUUGAGGAGGAGGAGGAGGAAGAGGAGGACCAGGACAUGGAUGCAGAUGACAGGGUCGUGGUGGAGUGCCACGAGGAGCUCCCAGCUCUCAAGCAGCCCCGUGAGCGAAGCAUGUCCAGGCGGUCCAGCGCGAGCAGCUCAGACUCAGAUGAGAUGGACUAUGAUCUGGAACUGAAGAUGAUUUCCACUCCCUCCCCAAAGAAAAGCAUGAAAAUGACCAUGUAUGCAGAUGAAGUGGAGUCGCAGUUGAAAAGUAUUAGGAAUUCCAUGAGGGCAGAUAGUAUAUCCACAAGCAAUAUAAAAAACCGAAUCGGUAACAAAUUGCCUCCUGAGAAAUUUGCAGAUGUCCGGCACCUCUUAGAUGAAAAACGUCAACAUUCUUGUCCACGGCCAGCAGUUGGCAGUACUAAACCAGAUAUUCGCCAGCGGUUAGGGAAAAGACCAUAUUCUCCAGAAAAGGCUUUUAGUAGUAACCAAGGGGUUCGGAGAGAGCCCUCUUCGGAUGUACAUAGUAGGCUAGGUGUUCCCAGACAAGAUGUUAAAGGCCUCUACUCCGACACUCGGGAAAGGAAAUCAGGUGGUUUAUGGACUCGCUUAGGAUCUACACCCAAGACCAAAGAAAAGAACACGAAGAAAGUGGAUCGCAGGGCAUCUGGUGCUGAGGAAGAUGACUCGGAGCUUCAGAGGGCUUGGGGUGCUCUGAUUAAGGAGAAAGAACAGUCACGCCAGAAGAAGAGUCGGCUAGACAGCUUGCCAUCACUCCAGAUAGAAGUCAGCCGGGAAAGUAGCUCUGGUUCGGAGGCAGAGUCCUGAUGCCCUGGCCUUGGCAGCUACCCUCAAGUCUGACAUUCUUGUGUAGGGUGGGGCGUACAGUAGGAACCUCCUUUGCCGGAGUUGGCGCCCUUCCCUCCUGCCUGCACCCUGAACACUUGCUGUCCCCCAGGACGGCUUGAGAGUGUGAUGAAUUGAUGAAUGUUGAAGGUGCCUCUGUCUGUGCUGCAGAGUUACAGUUCUGGGCCCUCAAGUCUUUCCCCCACCACCCCGCAAGCUUUACCCUUGAAGAAAAAGGCAGCCCUCCAGAUUUUGUAGAUGUUUUCUUAAUAUUUUUAACAUUGUGUCUUUUAAAAGAAAUGUUUUACACAGUUCAUCCAAAGAGCAGAGAACUGAACUUCUCACUGUUGCCUUGGCCCUGACAGCUCUUGCCAGCACCCUUUCCCAAGAAAAGUCAGUUCCCAGGUGCUUAUUGGGCAGUCUUUGAGGGGGAAGGUGAGGGAAACUGCCAGCUCGGCCUUCCAGGAGGUUAUUAUGGGCCUGACCUGAGGUGUGUCUACCCUCCCAGGUAGACAGAGCUGGGCAGCAGGCAGC